AUGGAUGCUAAACAGUUUCAAAGUUUAUUGGGAUUCCUACUCAAGAGGGAGUAUGAGAAUGAUGCUACUCUGUCUUCAUUGGAGAGUCUGAAAGAUCUGAUCUUUUCACAGUCUGAUCUCUCAAUGGACUCUAUUCUAGCAGUAUAUAACAAGUGUCUAAAUAUUAUAGAGAGAGCAAGUUACUCAGAUUUGGACUUGUCUGCCUUUGAGGUGUUGGCCAGGGAAAGUGGCUUUGAGCAGACACAACUUGAGGCAUUGACCAAGUUCUGGAAGACAAACAAGAAGAAGAUUCACGAUAUAUUGUACAGAAGCACAAGAUUCAAUAACUCUAUGCUUAAACUUAGUUGGAGACUUGACCUAAAGACAAAGUCAAAGGAUGUACCAGAGAUGAAUGAGCCAACGGCUAUCGUCGAGAUGGAUGUUUCAAAGACAUCAAACAACACUGCUACUACUACAACAGAUGGAAAGAAGUCACUUCAGAAGAUCAGAUUCGAGAUGGACAGAGAUCAGCUCCAGGAUGCACUCGAGCAGAUCAACAUCAUUCAGAAGCAUCUCCAGAAGGCAUCAUAA